AUGGGCAGUGAUGAAAAAUUCAGCUUCUACAAGAUCAUUCAACCUGGCCAAACAUCUUUGGAAACAAUGAGAAUCCCUCCAAACUUCACCAAGAACUAUACAAGAAACUUACCCAAAUAUGUGACCCUGAAAGGUCCUAAUGGCAAGAUUUACCCACUUCAACUAAGGAAAGAUUCAGCUGGUUUCUCAUUUAAAGAAGAUGGGUGGGAUUCAUUUUUCAAAGACUCGGGUUUUCAAGGUGGGGAAUUCACAGUUUUCACUUAUGAUGAACCAUACUCACACUUUGAAGUGAGGAUUUUCGAUAUGAGUGGAUUGGAAAGAAUGCCAUUGAUGGGAAGCUGUGAUUCCAUGUCAUUGAGUGAAGAACUAGCAGUUCCUGCAAUUCCAUUGAAACAAGUUCAUCCAGAAGGCUCUAACAAUAAUGAUAAUUAUCAUCUUUAUGAUGAGAUGUUGGAGAAAGCUGGAAUCAAAUUCCCUUAUAUCUUAAAGCGUUUAACCAGUUACCAUGUUGAGAAGAUUUUCGUGAUGAAUUUCUCCAAAUCCUCUGUUUUAGAACAGUACUUGCCAAGUGAAAGAGAAAAUAUAGUUCUACUAAAUGCAGAGGGAAGAUCAUGGGAAGUGAGUUAUAUUCCAAAGAAGAACAGAUCAUCACUUUCUGGAGGUUGGGGACGUUUUGCCCAUGAAAAUGGUCUAAAGGUGGAUGAUAUGUGUGCUUUCCAGAUUCUCUCCCAACAUGAAAUUCGAGUGCAUGUGUUGGGGGAUUUGGUUUGACGAAAAGUGGGUGUUUUCUUUUGAGAUUGAUGGAAGUUUUUGUUCUAUUAAGAAUGAUUUAAGACUUAUUUUGUUUGAUCCUAACUGUGUUUUAUCAGUUUGUUAUGCAUGCAUAGUUUAUUUAGGUUUAUGAAAUAAUCGGUGUGUUCUUCAU